AUGCUCUAUCUGACUCGCGAUCGCUGGUUUUAUACAACGGAUCAGAAAACGAACGAAAUCAAGAAGUAUCUUCUUGGAGAAACAUUGCAAACUAUAGUCGGUGGCAAUGGAGAUGGUGCUAAUAUUAAUCAAAUCACUGACUGUUAUGGUCUUGUUAUAAAUUCAGAUGCAAGCUAUGCUUACGUUAGUGACUUAAAUAAUAAUCGCAUUUUUCGUUGCUUCCUAAAAACACUAGGUGAUGUCUUCAUCAUAGCUGGUAGAAUGGGUCUUGAUAAUGAAUUGGAUCAAUUAUCACAUCCUUGUAGUAUUCAUAUUAUUAAGAAUCAUCUCUAUGUUGCUGAUACAGGAAAUGGCCGAAUAAUGCACGUAGAACUGAACAUUUCGCAAAUUAGUAUUGUAAUAAGUGGGUCGCAGUCGAGUUUCAAUCGAUAUCAAUUGAAUCGUCCAACAUCGAUUAUCAGCGAUCAAUAUGAUAAGAAUUUUUAUAAUGCCGAUCAAGGUCUAUCUUGCAAUGGCGAUCCAAUGUUCAGUGAAUAG